AUGUCUAAUUUGAAUGCUAAAUUUGAGAGGCUGCAUUUGUCAAAAGUUCAGGCCAGUGCUGUUGGUGUUGAGUGUGAAUUCUGCCAUGAGAAUCAUGAUACUAAUGCUUGUCCAACACUGAUGUCUUCAGAUUCUUCCCAACAGCUGCAAGUAAAUGGUGUUUGGUAUGACCAGCGUCCUAAUCAGCAAAAUGUUCAAAGAAAUCAGAGCUAUUCUGCUGGCGGUAACAACUAUCAGAGGCGGAAUUAUCAAGGCACGGGGUUGGAUAUGAAGUCUGACAACUAUUUGAAGCCACCUCCUCUUCCACAAAAGGAGCCUUCAGAUUUGGAAAGGUUAGUUGGUUCUUUGGCGCAAAAUACAAAUGCUUUUAUGGAGGAGAGUAGAGCCAAUCAAAGAACUACCAAUGCUUUCAUUGAGGAAAGUAGAGCUGAUGCCAGGAACACUAAAGCUUCCAUAAAGAACCUGGAAAAUCAGAUUGGGCAGCUGGCUCAACAAUUGUCUGACAGAGCACCAGGCACAUUUCCUGGCAAUACUUUUACCAAUCCAAAGGAGGGGUGUAUGGCAAUAACCACCAGGAGUGGUAAAGUGUUAUCACCACCAGAAAAGCCGAUAGUUGAAGUGGUUGCUGAGGAGAAAAAUGAAGAGGUUGAUAACUCUGAGAAAGACACUGAUAAUUCUCCUGAAGUAGUGAAACCCCUUGAUGAGGCUGGCAAAGAAAAAGAGCAACCGGUAAUGGUAGAAAAGAAAAAGUUUGAAUUGAGCCCGGAGUAUCUUGAAAAGAUGGGCCCUUAUCCUGGCAGAUUUAAGCCAGAGUUGAAAAAGAAGCACUAUGACAGGUUCCUUGAUAUCUUCAAGAAGCUGCAUAUCAACAUUCUGUUUGCAGAAGCAUUGGCUGACAUGCCAAAUUAUGCUAAAUUCAUGAAGGAUCUCCUGUCCAAAAAGCACAAGCUGCAAGAGUGCCAAACUGUAGCACUUACUGAAGAGUGUAGUGCUAUCAUCACCAGAAAAUUUCCUCCCAAGCUUGGUGAUCCUGGAAGCUUCAACAUCCCUAUUGAGAUAGGUGAUACCAGGAUUGGCAAUGCACUAUGUGAUCUUGGGGCUAGCAUUAAUCUUAUGCCUCUGUCUGUUUGUAAGUCCUUGGGGAUUACUGAGUUGAAGCCUACAAUGGUUACUCUUCAGCUUGCUGAUCGGUCUCUGAGAAAGCCCAGUGGUAUAAUUGAAGAUGUUCUUGUGAAAGUAGAUAAGUUCAUCUUUCUUGCUGAUUUUGUGGUGCUUGACAUGGAAGCAGGGCAUGAAACACCUCUUUUGUUGGGAAGACCCUUCUUAGCCACAGCUCGUGCUAUGAUUGAUGUAGAACACGGGAAGCUGGUGUUAAGAAUGAAUGAAGAUACAAUUACAGUCAAUGUCUUUGAUUGUAUGAAACGCCCUUAUGAAGGCGGUGACUGUUUUAGAGUGGAUGUCCUAGAGGAGGCAAUUUGUGAAGAGAAAACUCCUAUGCAGAAACUUGAAGAAGAUUUGAAAGAUCGUGAUCAUGUCUACUUCGCUGAUGAGGUUGGUGGUGCUUUUGAGGUUCUUGAACACAAAGAGUCUGACAAAGAUACUGCUGUUCCUAAAGUUGUAUUGAAGGAGUUGCCUGAAACUUUGAAAUAUAUGUUUUUGGGUGAUGAUCAGAUUCAUGUUCUUCUCCAAUGUCUUGGUCUGUUUGGGGAAAUUUCUGGUGAAAAGGUGAGUGAGCAAAAAACCACUGUGUUCUUUUCGAAGAAUACUCCGAAUGACAUAGCUAACAAAAUCAUUGAUAUUAGUGGUUUUAAGCGAGUAACAAAUGUGGGGAGAUAUCUUGGGGCGAUGAUUCAACAGGGUCGUGUGACAAAGAAUCUAUUCUCUGGAAUUAUUGAUAGAGUUAAAGAGAGGUUGUCUGCAUAG